AUGAAUAGCAGAACGGAUGUAAAUGCGCAAUGCUGGUCAAGAAAAAGAGAUUGUCGUCAAGAGCAGACGAGCAAGCCCUUAGUUGGGGCAGGCGGCCUGGACGUGGCCGGGCUGCUUGCACUUGUAGCAGACACGGUCGUGGCUGAUCUCGGCAGAGCAGUCGCGAGAAAGGUGACCGACCUCACCGCCUGUGAUAGACAGUUAGCAUGUUUUGUAGCACUUCUGACCCUGGGAAUAGCAGGUCUGGCCGCGAGGAGCACCGUAGCCCUGGUUCUGGUAACCACCCUGGUAACCGCCACCCUGAGAGCAGUUGCGGGCGAUGUGGCCGACCUGGCCGCACUUGUAGCACUCCUGGCCACCACCCAUGGCACCACCACGAGGAGCAGGGCCCUUGGGGCAGUCGCGAGAGAUGUGACCGGUCUCACCACAGCCGUAGCAGGACUUCUCCUUCUGGGGGUUGGUGCACUCGCGAGAGAGAUGGCCCUGGCCACCGCAGUUGUAGCAGGUGGGGUUGCCCUUGGUGGGGCAGUCGCGAGCCUGGUGGGUAACGUCGCCGCCUGUAGUGAAGUUAAUUAG